CUCAGUUGGGCCCGUUUGGACCUGGAUGACAACAUGAGCGCCGCAGCGUCACAUUCACACUUCCAACUCGUCGGAUCAUGUCAGUCGCUCGGCGGCCCGAUGCCCCUCCAGCGUCGGUUUUUGACGGGGGCGCUGUGUUAAAGACGUCACCGGCUGUUGACCAAUCAUCGGCGCCCAGCAGUUUGAACAAGAAGCGGGUGCGUCGGAAUCGGAUUCCUUCGGGAUGAUAAUGAAAAAGCGAAUCGAUAACAUAAUUAAUCAUGGGAAUGGAUUAAACCGCGCAUCAAGUGUUGCAUAACGUCAGCUCCAUACGCCUGAACGCCCCGCCAUCCGUCGACGAGUCUGGAUUAUUAGCGCCGUCACAUGGAGCCGUUAAUUCUGAAGACGUACGGCAAGGAGAGGCGAAAGCUGUCCCGCUGGAUCUCCCCGGACAACCGCAAGAAGGCCUUCGACAGCUCGCGCUCGACAGACGGCGACUGCUCCGUCUUUGAGCCCGCCAACCCGCCCAAGAAAAGAGGGAGGAAGACCAGCGUUUCCCGUCGUGGAGCGACCCGUCCCGCAAAGAGGAAGGCCAUGCUAUGUCUGGCUAAGAAGAGCUAUGACGAGGAGAAUGCGCCCUCUCCUUCCCAUCCUCAGCCUGCUCGGCAGAGCAAGACCGCCAGAGUGAAGAACACCAGAGUCGCCUGUGGUCAAGCAGUGCGUCCUGCCAAAAGAACGGCCCUGUUAUGUCUGAUGGAUGCCACCAGCGAUGAGGACGACAUCAGCAGGGCUUCUCCGCCCGCCCAGCAGAGCAGGACAGCCAGUGGUCGUCAUCUUUCUGCUGGCCGCUUUGUAACGCACCGCAAGCGUGCUGCUGCCACCAAACAUGCCAAAUCGGUAUUCGACACACUCGACUCUUCAGACGACUUUACGUCCAGUGUAUUCAGUCCCAGGAGAAUAUUUCGGCCCAGGGGGAGGAAGGCCCUCCCGGCGCCUUUGGUGUCGAGUGCAGAGAACUCGCUGAACAAUGCGGGGGCCGCCGGCUUCUCCGCCAAACCCUUCCGAGAGACUUCCCUUCACGAGUCGACGGAUCACAGCCUCAGACCUUGCCCCAGGAAGCCCAUCUUUUGCUCCACCCCCUCGGCGGGCUCCUUCAGCAAACGGCCCCGCCCUAAACCCCUGUCAAACAACGACCAUUCCUCCAGCCCUCCAUCCAUGCCCGUGAGUUGCAGCGGUGUCUUGAGCACAUUCAAAGAGGACAGUGAUUCGCCGGGGCAGCCCGGUUCGCCGCCGCUUUCUGCACAACCCAUCGAGCGGCUUCGUUCUGAGGCGAAGCGAGAGCCGAGCCCGCAUCACCACGAAGUGCCCUCCGGUUAUUUGUUUACGGAGCCCAAGAGCUCCAACAAGAGACGUCACUGCAGCGAGGAAGACGCAAGAACCGGGAAUGUCGGAGAGUCGUCAAGUCUCAUUCGGCUGCUGGAAAGCAGCAGCAGUCGUUUAGUUUCGGCAGCGGGAGGGAUGGAGCGGCUCAGGGAGUCUCUGAAGGAGAGUUGUCUGGUCGAGAGCUGCGCCGUGCAGCUGGAACAAUUGGACAAGCGAGUCGCGUCGCAGCUGUGCGGCCGCCGAACCGCUGACAUCCUGCAGUCCUCAGAACCAUCGUUUCGCCGAGGUUCAUCAGUGAGCACCAUCAAAGCCCUCCAUCGUUCAGGCUCGGUAAAUAGUUUAGAGGCCUCCAAACACGCCGCUUCGGUGGCCGGCGGUCAUAAGGCGAACGCCUCGCCGUCAGCCGAAGACUGGCGUUCGCAGGGAGCCAUGGAGCAGUCGGCAUCAGUACUUUAUGUUGACACGUUCAUGGUGGGCGCACAUCUACCAGCCGACGAGCCGAUCAGCAGCGCCACCCGAACACCGCCUGCUGUAGCAGUUCAGGGCGAACGUGUUCUGAAGAAAUGCACAGUUCCGAUCCACAAAAUGGCGUUGGCCCGCGGAAGCAUGUUCAGAAAUGACUAUAUAGAUGACACGAAGGACCCAGAAGACGUCAUACCUUUAGGAGAAAUCACAGAGGGAAGGACAUUGUCGUCAAACCACACCGGCCUGGUGGCGCAGACGCACUCCGAUUGCCCAGAAGUGUCGCUGGAGACGACGCUGAAGAAGAGAUGUCGAUCUGCCAAAGUCCUUGUCAAGGUGAGGAGAGUAAGUUCGUCGCAGCUGAGGGGAAUUCAGCAGCUCAAAGAAGCCACCCUCGAAUCUGAGAAGGAUGCCAACCGCCGCGCCGCGGAGAACCGACUCUCGCCCCGCUCCGGAGACGGUCCAGGUAAAAAGAAAAAAAAGACGCAUGCCGCCGCGAAGGAGACGAAGCCGAGGAGAAGCACGUCGGCAGACCGGCCCGGGACGACCAGGAAGGCGUGCGUGAGCGGCCUGAGCGUGAGCCGCUGGAAGAACCACGCCGGCGCACACGCGCUCGGGAGCAAGGCGGUGGACUGCAGCAUCAACGACCUCAUCGCCACGCAACACAAACAACCACAGGAGUGGCUGGAGAGCGCCGUGGGUUUCUCCACCCCACAGAAGGCCAGUCGCCUCAACCUCUCCUCUCUGCUGGCUGACCUGACGCCCAACACGCACACCUGGAGUCGACUCAAGGCCGCCCUCUCUGUUCACCGCAGGAACAAAGUGUUUCUCACGCCGAGGAGUUCACGUCCGGGUAUGCCACGCUCGUCUCAACAAGCGUACUUGGCCGACCUCAGCCAGAACCUCUUUUCCUCACCCUUUCAAACGCCACACCCCAAGCGCCUGCGGUCAGGGUUGCUGAGCAGCGAUUCCCCGGUUCCGCGUGAGGACGUGGAUCUGUCGGACGCAGAGAAGGUGUGUGCCGAGUGCGACCAGCCACGCCCUCUGCCGUGGAAGGAGUGCGUACUCCCUCACCGCAUGAAGCGGUGUGUGAAGAUAGGGGAGGGGACAUUCGGUGAGGUCUUCUCCACCACCAACGCAUCAGGAGACACUGUAGCACUCAAAAUCAUUCCACUCGAGGGCAGCGAGAAGGUGAACGGAGAGGACCAGAAGACCUUCGGAGAGAUUCUUCAUGAGAUAAUUAUCUCAAAGGAGCUGAGCAGCCUCAAAGAGAAGCAGCGGAACAAGACUCACGGAUUCAUCAGCCUCAACGACCUCCACUGCGUUCAGGGCAGCUACCCUCCGGAUUUCCUAAACGCUUGGGACGCCUUCGACCAGCAGAAAGGCUCCGAGAAUGACCGACCAGAUUUCUUCAACGCGGACCAGUUCUUCAUAAUCCUGGAGUUUGAGUUCGGCGGCGCCGACCUGGAGAACAGCAAUGGAACGCUGCCGUCUUUGACGGUGGCCAAGAGCAUCCUUCAUCAGGUCACUGCUGCCUUGGCUGUUGCUGAGCAGGAGCUCCACUUUGAACACAGGGACCUCCACUGGGGCAACGUGCUGGUCAAAACCACCACGCAGAAGAGGGGGAGCUUCCUCCUGAACGGAGCGGCCCACUCUCUGGAGACUAAAGGGGUGCUGGUCCGCAUCAUCGAUUACUCUCUCUCCAGACUGGAAAUCGAUGAUCUGACGUUGUCCUGUGAUAUCUCCAAUGACGAGGAGCUCUUCAUGGGCCGGGGAGAUUACCAGUUCGACAUCUACAGACUGAUGAGACAGGAGAACGGGGUUGAACGUCAGCUCGUCUACUGCUGGAAUGUUGCACAGUGUACCGAUGCUAAAAAGGUAACGCGGUACCUGUACGUUAAAAACUAUACGAUUUAGCAUAUUUGGUGAGGGAAGCAACCAAAGAGCUUUUUAAGGCAAAGAAGUGUAAUGUUCUGCAAUGGCCAAGUCAAUCACCGGCCCUGAAUCCAAUGGAGCUGCAUUUCACUUGCUGAGGACGAAACUGAAGGGACAAUGCCCCGAGAAGCAUCAGGAAGUGAAGACGGUGGCAGAAGAGGCCAGGCAGAGCCUCACCAGGGAUGAAACCAGCGUCUGGUGAUGUCUCUGGGUUCCAGACUUCAGGCUGUACUUGACUGCAAAGGAUUUGCAACCAAGUAUUAAAAUUGACAAUUACAUUGAUGAUUAUGUUAGUUUGUCCAAUUACUUUUGAUCCCUUAAAAUGGAGGGGACACAUAUCAAAUGUGUUGUAACUCCUACACCGUUCACCUGAUGUGGAUGUAAAGACCCUCAAAUUAAAGCUGAAAGUCUGCUCUUAAAGCACAUCGUGAUUGUUUCAUUCAAAAUCCAUUGUGGUGUACAGAGCCAAAAUGAUGAAAAUUGUGUCAAUAACAACGCACAUACAAAUAUUUAUCUUCUUAUACACAUUUAAUGACGGACUGUGUGUGGGGCAUAAAAUUGAUUUCUUAUUUAUUUGACUUAAUAAUCUUGACAACAUGUCGUCCAGAAUUACAAGCCAGCUGAUUUAGUUACCAAACUCCAAACCCUUGUUCCCUCAGUAAACAUAAGUUCAUGGUCUCAUUCUCUAGUUUCAAGUCUUCUUCAAUGCAGCUUGAUGCUCAUUUAGUAAAUGAUGGUAAACAUUUAGAGUCAAGUAUACGAUAAAGCUGGGGAUGCUCUUGGGUAAGCUUACUGUGAUUGACAUGUUUUAAAGUAUGAAAUGUUUGGCUCAUUCCUCUUUAAUGUAAAAUCAUUGUGUGCGUGUGUCUG